AUGUCUCUUACCCGACCCAACCACCUAACCUACGAGCAGCACUUCGAGCGAGAAUGCGAGAUCUUCCAGGAAGCUCUCCUAAGGGAGGCACGCUCCCUUCAUCUUAUGGAAGACCGCCGCCCAGAGACCAUUCAAAUCAUGUGUGAUCUGAUUGUCCAGUUGGGUAUCCUCGCGCAGCUUGCUGAGACUAUGUCUAGAAAAUCCCCGAUGUGUCCAACUGUCCUGAUUAGUCCUCCGGGCUAUUUCCUUGGUGAAUUCCAGGACUUUUGCCACGCGAAGAUUCUACCUGGUCUUGUUAGGUCAUUGAACUGCCUCAGGGAGUCGAUUACUAUCUAUCGUGAUAUCAACUACACAGUCGCUGCUCAAUUGGAAGCGGCUCAUGAGGAUAUGGCUUUUGUUUUGGAUAGUCGCGAAUAG